UGGGUAGUACUAGCGGGUAUCGGUAAAAUCCUCAAAUCUUUCUUCAUCUGCAGAAAAUAACUAGAAUGCCAUCUAUGGUGUACAGUAGGCACUGGAGGAUUUUUUUUAUGUUACUUACAGCUGCAGUAUGCUGUGAGGGAUGCAUUUGUUAAUGCUGUGGGGGAUGCAUUUGUUUAUGCUGUCUAUACGCGGCAGAAAGCAAUGGAGGAUGCAAAAUGAAAUCUGUUUACAGUACUAUUAUAUUUUAAACACUUUUAACUACUCUUUACUGCAUAUAUAAUUAAACAUUUCCAUUUAGCAACCCCAUUUACCUGAGCAAUUUUUUCGGGACCAUAAAUAUAUACUAAUUACAAUCCUUCUUUUUAACUAUUUUAAACUCACAUAUGCCAUCCAUACACUUUAAAGAAUGCAACUUGAACUCACACAAACAUAGGAGAGAUAUAACCUGCAAGCUUACACACUGAUUUGUUAUCAGUGCAGUUUUUUCUGUAUUACUUGUAGUUUAUAUUUUGUCCACAUAUGUCGCUAUAGUCUCUUGAAUGGUAGUUAAAGAAUAACUGUAUAACAUUUAAUAUUUCUUUUUACGAAUAAGAAAUUAUUUGACAAAUACUUUACAAAAGGUAACAAAUAAUAAACUACAAAUAGUAAACUACUUAUGUUAGUAUUGUCAUUUCAUCGUUCAAUAUGUAAAUGAAGAAAUAUAAAUCAAAACAUACACAGACACACCAUGAAUUUACGUGAGCCAAAAAAAAAGAAAGGAUCAAAAGCAGUGUAUAAAUCUUCCAUACCAAUUACAUUAAAUAAAGGAGAAUGGAUUGUUUAUACAGCUCAUCUUACAGAUUCCGGAUCAUGCAUUAAUAAUCCGGAUGAAAUUGCAGCAGUUCAUUCCAUGGGGUUUUUUGGUAAAGGGUCUUUAUCACGAGGUUAUCCAACAUUUGGUAAAGCUCGAUAUAAUGCACCACCAAUAAUCAGAGAUAGACAAUGGGUUCGUCGACAAGCAUGGUUACAAGAAAUUAAAUUACUUAGUAGCUCUGCCGAUACACCAAAUGAGUUUGAAGAUGCAGAAGAAAAGAAAGAAGAACCAUCCAAUAAUGAAAAGAAAUCAGAAGAAUCAGAUAUGAUGGAUAUUGAUGCAAAUGUAUCUAACAGUACGACAAAUGAAGACAAUAACAAACAAAUAUUUAAUGAUAAUGAAGUCUGCGAAAUAGUUCCUUCCUCCUCUGAAGAAGAUAUAUGCAUAAUUGUUAAUAAAGAGUCUGAUAAAGAUAUUGACAAAACAGUUAGUAAAGAAAGCGAUGAAACAAUUUCAAAAGAUGAAUCUAUUGAUUUGGAUAAUUCAGAUAAUUCGGUAACAACAAAUACACUAAACGACAGUGACAAAUCUGAUGUACAACAACAAUUGUUAGUUCUACCAGACAGCGAUUCAGAAACAGAAAAUUAUUUGGAAAAUGUCAAGCCAAGAAUUGAAAUGGAAAGUUUUCCAGUUAUGGAAUCCUUACAUAUGUCUUACGAAGAAACAUUUUUCCUUAUGUUCGCUUUAGAUUGUCUACAAGUAAUACAUUUUGAUGGUUCUUUAAUGGACAUUCAUAGCGCUUGGUUGUAUUUUUGCGAAGAAGAUAAAAAUUUUAUACAAAAAUAUGUUGCAUACCAUUAUUUCCGAAGCAAGGGUUGGGUUGUUAAAUCAGGUCUUAAAUAUGGAGGAGAUUUUUUAUUGUACAAACAAGGGCCAUCGUUUUAUCAUGCCUCUUAUAUAGUUAUAAUAGAUGUUGUGGAUGCAGAUUCAUUAAUUACAAUUCCUAGUAAAUCUUCCCGAAAAACGAGUUGGGGUAAUUUAAUUGGAUUAGAUCGUUUAUCUGAAUGUGCUGCCAAGGAAAUAUUAUUUGCCCAAGUUUUGUGGCCUUCAUCGAUCUCUUUAAAUUCUGGCCCAUCGAAUCCACAUAUGUUAUCCGAAUUCACAGUAAGAGAAUUAUUAUGGAGACGAUGGAACCCAAAACAAAGUCAAGAUGUAAUGAUCGUAGAAGAAGAAGAGGAUGAAGAUUCGUGUUAAGAUUAGUUUAUAUACAUCAUUUACUUUGAAGUUUUCUAUAACAAAAAGUAAAAAAUCCAUAUUUUCUAUUUCAUUUAUUUCUUAAAAAUUAAAUUUUGUACUUCAUUAAAA